GAAAUAACUACGAAAGAGAAGAAAAAAAAAAUUAUAUACUUCUUGGCGACAUGUAUUGAAACAAGAAACUAGAGAAAUGAAAAGGAUGACAUACACAACAAUGGCUGCUUUUGAAUGCUAAUUUAAAACAGUGUUAAAUAAUCCAUGUAAUCAUGUUUCGAAAUGUGUUACGAUCACUAAAUACACCAAUAUAUCGACAUUCAGCAAAGAAUAUAUACAGACAAAAGCCUUGUUCAAAACAACAACGACAUUGGUAUGCAACUAUCCAAGAUUCACCUAAACGAGAUAAUCUGUCAGGCGCCAUGUACACUGCUUCCAUUUUCAUUGUCAUGUUAGGCAUGUCUUAUGCUGCUGUUCCUCUCUAUCGACUCUUUUGCUCAGCUACUGGGUAUAGUGGAACCCCUGUCGUUGACAGCGCACGGUUCAGCCCUGACCGUCUUAUUCCUCGAGAUACACGCAAACGUAUCCGUAUUACCUUUGAGUCCAAUACAUCGGAUGCGCUACCGUGGUCGUUUAAACCUGAGGUGCGUGAAAUCUAUGUUGUGCCUGGUGAAACCGCGCUUACGUUUUAUAAAGCUAAAUCUAAGGCUAAAGAAGAUGUGAUAGGUAUCGCAACGUAUAACGUGACGCCUUAUCGAGCUGGUUCUUACUUUAACAAAAUUCAAUGCUUUUGCUUUGAGGAACAAAAGCUAAGACCAGGGGAAGAGGUUGAUAUGCCUGUCUUUUUCUUUAUUGAUCCUGAUUUUAUGGAUGAUCCCCUUAUGAAGGAUGUCAAUACCAUCACGUUAAAUUAUACUUUUUUUAAUUCAAAAUAUGCAAAAGGAUUAAGUCCUGUUCAGCCUGCCAGCUAAUGCAUCGUAUGUGUACAGUUUAUUAUCAAUUAUAAAUAAAAUACAAGUUCAAAAAAAAAAAAAUCUCAAGAAUAAAUAAAACUUUAAUUAGUCAAUUAUGGGAUAUUAAAUGAUUAGCUUUUCAAUAGUAAGGAAAGUGCGUGUGUGUGUGUGUGUAUUAUAUAUAGUAACUCUAUUUUCUUUUCUUUUUUUUAAACAAUGAAUAUGAUUAGCUUUUACUUUU